AUGAGACGUUCUGUACGGAAAAAUACCCUUGCACCUGCAGCACGAGCUUGUACGAACUGUCAAAAGCGCAAGAGCCGGUGUCUGCACUCCGGCGAGAACGGCCCAUGCUCAUUUUGUGAAAAGACGGGGAAGACAUGUAGUUUUGAAGGGCCCCCGUAUCGUACUCCGCUAACUCGGAGAAAUCUCGAUACUGCUGAGUAUCGGUGCACUCAGCUCCGAUCACUCCUUCAGUCGCUCAAUCCCGAUUUGAACAUCGAAGCUGCGCUAGCGGAGCAUACCAACGAAUCCGCCCUCGAAGAGCACGUCGAUGCUUUCGAUUCCGGUCAUCAAUUUGAUAAGAGCGAUGAGGCUACUCCAGAUAGCUAUGAAUGGAAUGAAGGGUCUCUCUCUCCCACGGAUGGCAUGGCCACGCUCUCGACCACCGAGGCGGGGUAUCUUGGGAGUAGUUCUGGUUCACGACUUUUGGAAGAGAUAGAUUCUUCAAUGACCGGAACGAUGAAAAUGCAGCAACGCAAAGGAUCGAGAAAAUUUCACCAAGCCGGUCUUGCCAGAGACCCUCCUGGUCUCAGCAUUUCUUACGUGACAAACAAUCUUAUCGAUGCUUAUUUUCAUCUCUAUCAUAUUCACUACCCUGUCUUACACGAGAAGACGUUCAGGGAGAGGGUCUCCUCACAACACAAAGCCUCCCCUCCAUGGAGGGUUACCUAUUACCUUGUUCUCGCUAUUGGUCAAUUUUGUUCUUCGAACACCGAGUCCGAAUAUCCAGACACUUCGGAAUUUUACGCCAAAGCUCGAGCAGGACUAUCGCUUCAGAUGCUGGAAUCAGGUAGCGUCGAGACUGUUCAGGCCUUCCUGCUUCUCGGGAACUACCUCCAGAAGAAAGACCGAACGAACACCGGGUACAACUAUAUUGGUCUUGCUUACCGACUUGCUCUUGGAAUUGGGCUCCAUCGAGAAGUGGCCUGUGCUCAAAAUACCAUCGGCCAUGAAAGAAGGCGACAGCUCUUCUGGACGAUGUACUGCUUCGAAAGUGGUUUCAAUAUCACCACUGGCCGACCGCCAACUAUGACAGAUGGAUUCAUCGAUAUCAGCCUCCCUCGAAAUAUUUAUGAUAAGGGUCUCUCGCUUGAAUUCCCUGUACCAGAAGAAGUUGAGUACCCGACAACUUAUUCCGCCAUUAUUGCCCAAGCCAAGCUUGCUCGAAUUGCAGACGUUAUAUAUCACGAAUAUCUAUCGGCAAAGACCGCUGGGUCUAGAAUAGAGUAUCGUCUGGCUGAACUACUCGAACGAGACUUGACGAGUUGGCGAAAGUCACUGCCGAGCUAUUUCACUUCGACGGACUGCCCACCCUGGUUCAUCGGACCACGCUCAGUCCUUCGAUGGAAGGAGCAAAAUCUUCGAAUUCUUCUUUGGCGCGGCAGUCAAAAAUACCACAGUUAUCUACCGACCAGAUUUGAUGCAGAGGAGAAAUCCUUGGACGUUGCCAUGGAGAGUGUGCACGAUAUUGCAACAUUCUGCAUGUCCUACGAAGAUGCAUCAUACCACUUGGUCUGGUACGCCACGUAUUGCUUGAUUCAAGCCACGUUGGUAAUUUUAGUAUUAUUCCUCGGCAAGGGCACGGAAUAUCAAUCUAACCAGGAACUGCCGCUUUGGCACCAUUCAGUCUUUGAGGCUCGAGACUGCUUUCGCCAAUUAGCUAAGAGAAGUGUUUCGGCCAGACGCUGCUUGGAGAUGCUAGAUCGAAUUUGCACCAGAUUUGAAUCGCUCCCAACGCUGAAUUUGGCACUCGACACACAAGACCAUCUCUUACCAAAUAACGCAAGCUCAGAGGUUCAAAUGCCAUUGUUCAACGAUAUCGCGCAGCAAAUACCAGAGCUCAUGGAUCCGUUGAGUGAAAAUAAUCUCGUCUUUGGUGAAGAUGGCCAGGUCGCCAUGAAUGAUGACACUGGCGAUGACCUCCGCAUGUUCAUGAAUGAGGUGUCUAUUGAUUUCAUGGGGAAUAUACCACUUGACUUGCUUUUUAAUGAUUGGGUAGAGUACUCAUGA